AUGGAUUCCCUUUCCAACUUGAGCCGAGCUGAUUCCUUCAUUGCGGCCGGUACAGUCUCGGUAAUCUAUGCUGUUGACGAAAAUAUCGUCAUCAAAAUCCGUCCCUCUUCAGGGGGUUUCGAACGUCAGGCUUACGAUAUUGAAAUUCGCUCUUAUGAGAGACUUGGGUACCAUGAACGCAUUGCAACUUGCGAAGUGACCGAGGAAGGUCUCCUAUUGGAACGUGGAACUUGUCUUCGGGGCAUGCUCCAGAGUGUCAGCAAAUCUGCCAUUCCUUGGGCCAUGAAGCUUCAGUGGGCGCUGGAAGCCGCAGAUGGUCUUGCAUAUAUUCAUACCAAGAGAAUUAUACAUGCAGACGUUGGCUGUCACAACAUCAUCGUGGAUAAUGCCAGUCAUAUCAAGUUUAUUGACUUUGCUGGCUCCGGUAUCGACGGUGAAGCCCCCUUAGUCUGCUAUGAGUGGUGUAGCUUCAAGCCUAACAAUGAAAUCGGAAUCCACACUGAUAUAUUUGCUUUUGGGUCAAUGCUUUUCGAGCUUGAAACAGAGCGUGUCCCCUACAACGAGCUGGAAAGGACUCUGGAAAUGGGAAAGCUAGUGAAAGUCGUUGAGGGGCUGUUCUCGCAGCAGAAAUUCCCAUCUGUGGAGGCUCUAACCUUCGGGUCCGUCAUUUCUGCUUGCUGGAAUGGCAAAUACACCUCAAUGGAUGAAGUUCAUCGAGAUAUUGCACGUUGCUGUGAGAAUUAUUCGGAGGGAAGGCUGGAUCGGCCGAUAUUGGGUGCUGACUGA